CUGGAAACUCUCAGGUCAGGAUUCAUCAACCUGUUCAACAGAUGAACAUUUAAAAUCUGUAUGAUAUUAGAGGAUAACAUUAAACCUGUGUAGGAUUGUCUCUGCUAAUAUGAUUUGUCAAACCAAUUUUUACUAAGGUUCAGCAGUAGAUAAUUACUUGUAGAUUUACAAGCAGAUUUUUAUUGUUUUUGUAGUUAGGAACAUGAACAGAGCAAGAAUAGUUGAGGUCCAUGGAUCAUUACAUAGCUGGUCAGUUAUACAGACAUGUAAACACAUACAGUAAGGGAGAUACAGAGAGAAAAGCUAAAAAUAUGGUAAAGCCCACAUAUACACACAAAGGGGACACAAAUAGACAAUAUUCAUGGGUAGACAGUUUACAUAAUGAAAUAAUAAUAAUAUUACCAAUGAUAAUAGUAAAUUAAAAAGUGAGAGAGAGGGGGAAAAAACAGAAACAAGUCUUUUACAUGAGAACCGUGAGAAAGUAUUGGUUAAAAAUCAGUCUUCACAUAAUAAGCUUGAUAGGGCUCCCAGAUCUUAGAGAAAAUGUUAGAUUUACCCUUAAGUGAGUAUUUGAUCUUCUCUAAACCCUCCGAAUAACGUGAUGCAUGGAGAGGGUUGAAUAUUGGUAUGGUGUAUUUUGGGAAGGCAUUUAAAUACCCUGUCCAAGAGUUUCUCCACUAAAGGGCAGGCCCAAAUUGGGUGGUAUAAAGAAGCAGGUUCUUAGCAAGUGUCUUACAUCUAAUUAGUCAAAAUUGGUUGCAAUAUGACUUAUCUUGACCCCGGUCCAAUGAAUCCAGUGGUAUUUUGAAUUGUAUUAAAUGAUGUUUAGCAUUGAAGUGAGAUGAAAAUAUCCAAUCCAGUGCACCAUACCAGGUAUGAUUAUCCAAUUCACACAUCCUAAAUUCACACUCUUGCUUCCAAAUUCGAUGGGGUCUGGAACCCAGUUAGGUUGCUAUAGGUCUUCAAAUCACACUUCUGGAUAUCUCAUUUGAAUGAGGGUGUCAGUUAUAGUGGGCGGGGGUCUGGAAAGGAAGUUAGGAGUAUUAGUUCGAAUGAAAUGGAGGAAAAGUUACUCGCUGAUGGCACCCAACCUGGAAGUCCUUCAAUGCAGAUUUUUGUUUUCACUUGUUUUGUUUCUGUUGUUGAAUUAUUGAAUACCACAGAUGAUUUUACAGAUUUCUUCUAACCAUGUCUAAAAACUGUUGCACCUGGACAGUUGCACACAGCAGCACUCUCAGCCUGUCAGACAUGUGCGUUGUUUUGUGUGUCUGCAGCCUGUCAGGAUGUCUGAUCACAGAGGAAGGCUGUGCUUCUCUGGUCUCAGCUCUGAGCGCCAACCCCUCCCAUCUGAGAGAGCUGGACCUGAGCUACAAUCAUCCAGGAAGCUCAGGAGAAAAGCUGUUGUCUGCUGGACUGGAGGAUUCACACUGGAGACUGAACACUCUCAGGCUGCAGCCUGCUGGAGUCCGAUGGUUAACACCAGGUCUGAGGAAGUAUUUCUGUCAACUCACACUGGAUCCAAACACAGCACACAGAAAACUCAAACUGUCUGACAACAACAGGAAGGUGACAUAUGUGGAGGAGGAUCAGUCAUAUCCUGAUCAUCCAGACAGAUUUGAUUACUGGCCUCAGCUGCUGUGUAGAAAUGAUCUGACUGGUCGCUGUUACUGGGAGGUCGAGUGGAGAGGAAGCCUUUAUAUAGUAGUGUCUUACAGAGGAAUCAGCAAGAGAGGAAACAAUGAUGACUGCAAGUUUGGAGGGAAUGAUCAGUCCUGGACUCUGUACCUCUCUGAUAAACAUUACUCCAUCUGGCACAAUAACAGUGGAGCAUCCGUCUCCUACUCUUCCUCCUCCUCCUCCUCUGUCUCUUAUAGAGUAGCAGUGUAUGUGGACUAUCCUGCUGGCACUCUGUCCUUCUACAGAGUCUCCUCUGACACACUGAUCCACCUCCACACCUUCAACACCACAUUCACUCAGCCUCUGUGUCCUGGGUUUGGGUUCUGGCCUGGUUCCUCAGUGUCUCUUUGUUCUCUGUAGGAGGAAGAGUCUCCUCCUGUUAGAGAAACUUUCUCAUGUUAUUUAGCACCAACCUGAUCUCUCACUGCUUGUAAAUUCAGUUUCUAAACCCAACAUGGUUUCCACGUGGCUGACAGUUUGUUUGUCAGUCACAUAUAAACACAUUUAAAAAGCUGUAAAAAAAAGAAGCUGAUGUUCUCAGAGCAGAUAGCCCAGUCUGUUAGAGGACUGUUUGGAGGUUUGGAGGUCGUGGGUUCGAUCCUUAUGAGUCUCAGUGAAUUUUGAAGUCCAACACCCAAAGUUAAACUCAGAAGCUUUCAGAGAGAAAACCACCACCGGCUGAAAGUUUACUGAAACGUCAAGUUGUGACAAAGGUUUUUAAAAAUGUUGGAAGAGUUUUGCCAACUAACUAUAAAACACAUAAUGACAGUAAGCAUCCGCUGGCCUAUAGAGGCUCUUUGUUGUUUUUCCUCUCCUCUUUUGUUCAAUUAGAUGUUUUUUUAAUCAUGUAGUCAAUUCAGAAACCAAUAUGUUUUUAUGUGUUUCUACUGGAUGUGCAUGUAGAGCUGUAAAUAAACAUUAUGAUUAAUAGAUUCAUCAAUUCACAGUUUUGUAUAUAAAAUGUGAAGAAAUUGUGAAAAUUGUGUAAAAUGCUCUCAUUUUGUCUGAAAUGAAGUCCAGAACAGUAAAAUAUUGUUUAUUAUCAUGUAAGACAAAGAAAAGCAUUAAAUCUUUACACCUGAGAAGCUAAAACCAUGUUUGCUUCAAAAUGACUCAAAUAAUUAUUGGGUGUUGAUCGAUAAAUCAAUGAAUGUCUGUAAAAUGUCAGGAAAUUGUGUAAAUUGUGUAAAAUGCUGGUUCUAAUUUCACAGAGUCAAAGGCGACGUCUUUAAAUGUCUCAUUUUGUCUGAACUAAAGUCCAGAACGGUAAAAUAUUCUGUUCAUUAUCAUGUAAGACAAAGAAAAGCAUUAAAUCUUCACAAGCUAAAAGCAGAAAAUGUUUGCUUCAAAAUGACUCAAAUGAUU